UCCUCCUUGUCUUCCUUUAUUUCUGUUGGGAGGGUGUUUGUCUGCUAGCAAGCAUUUCGGGUAUUUAGAAAUACAAUUCUAUGAUUUACUAUUUUAGAGCAGGUAACAGUCAAGUAUAACCUUAUUAUUCCAGUUUUUUUCCCCCCCAGUUAACUUAGCGUGGUCCAUCACUUAUUGCUAAGUCACUCAGAUCUACUUAGGUUAGGGAAGUGGAUGGAAACGUCAAGCUAACCAACCUGGUAGCUAACUAGCGUUUAAUUCUUGCUAACCAGCUAACGUUAGCAUACAAUUUCCUAGCAAGAAAGAAUAUAUAUAUAUAUAUAUUUUUUAAAUCCGAAUCAUGAGUGAAGAGGAGAGUUCCACAUCAGCGGGUAACAACAAUAAAGACUCCAGUAUUUUACUCACCAAAGACGGACAGACGUACUACGUUGACGACUGCGGUGUUGUCGACAGUAGAAAUGUAGUCACGCCGCAAGACCCGGACAAUAACAACAUGUUUUCCUACGAAAUGGAUGAUGCCGAUGAGGAAGAAAGUGAUAUUUUAGACACGUCUGACCCGCGGGAUAGCGCUGCUAGUCCAGAAGAACUCAACGAUGAAGAAAGGUACGGAGAUAACGAUAAUAUUUCAAAGACUUGUACGUACGACGGUUGCACGGAAACUACGAGCCAGGUAGCCAAGCAACGGAAGCCGUGGAUGUGUAAGAAACACCGGAACAAGAUGUACAAAGACAAAUACAAGAGGAAGAAGAGUGACCAGGCAAUGUCCACUGGGAAACAAGAUGAGAGCUUGGAGGAGAGGCCUGUAUCUGUGAACAAGCAGCGUCUUGGUACCGUGGGGGACAGGCCGGCCAGACCCUCCCUCAUCGAACAGGUGCUUAACCAGAAGAGACUGUCUCUGCUGAGGAGUCCUGAGGUGAUAAUGUUUUUACAGCAGCAGCAGCGUCUCCUGGCCAACCAGAGCCUCAGCCAAUCACAGCCUCACUUCCAGGGCUGCUAACGGCAACGGCGGGGAGGAGCCAGCUUCUCUGGAACUUAUUUCCUGAUUCCAUCUAUGAUUCUGACAGGAGAAGGACCAUAGAGAUCCAUAUUAAAUUCCUCAUUCUGUGAGAAGGACUGACUCGUUACCAUAACAAUUAGGAAAUGAUGAGAUAAAGAUCAGCCAUGUUGGUCAGGGAGUUGGUCGACUAUGGUUUGCCAGUGUUGUGAUAAAGAUAUUGUAUAAAACAAUGACUUUUUAAGAAUUUAUCUGCACUGUAUGUUUGUUAGCCAGCACGUUUUAGAGGAAUGAUUCAAUAAAUGUUUUUAAUUAACUACCAAAAUGCCAACAUUAUAUUCAAACAAUGCAGUCAAUCUACAGCCAGACACUGGCUGAAAUCAGUUGAUGAUAUGAUUUAGACAAGUUGUAAAUGCAAUAAGUACUGAAAUUCACUCACAGCUUUCCAAUAUAUUUUUUGUGACAUUUACAGUCUGUUUUAAAUAUAUUUUAGAGGUUGUUUAUACAAAACAUUUGUAUAAACUCAUAACUAUAUGACAAUAGUUUAUGUUGAUAAUAAUUCAAUUACACAACUUCAGAUAUAACACGUAUUUUAUUUUCCUACAUAAGUAAAAUCAGGAAAUUCAUCACCUAUGCCUCUACUGCUAUUCAUUCCAAUUAGACUGCUUUUCUCCCUGACCAAAAUGGCUGCCAUUUCAUUCUAUUCUGGAGCUUUGAGAGAUGACAUAGCUCUUCUAGUAAUUAAAUAGGAUCUCUAGGGUCUUUACUACCUAGGAACUGUACUCUUAUCGUCAAUGACCGAGCUUCCAUGAUCAAUCAAUAAAUAAUUUAUACCAUA